AUGGCAUCUAGUUGCAAAAAGAGGCGAUUUCGAGAUCCCCAAAGCGUGGAAAGAAGCAUUGACAACGUGCGAAAUGCUAUUCCACGAACAACGCGUUAUAAAAAUCGUUGGGGAGUUCGUAUAUUUGAAGAUUGGCAAAGUGGGCGAGAAAAUAAAGCAGUCAUGUGUGAGAGCAAUCCUUUCAGCUUAGAUUUGCAGAAUUUGCAAAAUUUGGAGACAGAAUUGUGUUCAAUGACGGCAAGAACGUUAAACUUCUGGCUUAUCAAAUUUGUUCAAGAAGUUUGCGACAAGGAUGGCAAGUCAUAUCCCGGGCGUACAGUAUACCAAAUUAUAUGCUCGUUGAAACGACAUCUAGACAAAAAUGGCCGGGCUGAAGCUAACAUGUUAAAUGCUAACAAUCACUGGUAGGUUGAAUUUGUUCAUUUUUAAUUAAUGGUUUAGUUUAAUUUAUUGUAAUAUGAGCAUGUUUAUUACUCAGUUUCCAGACGUUCAGAAGAGUGCUGGAUAGUGAAAUGAAAGCCACCCACCGGGAAGGCGAAUCGCUUGCGGAGAAUCGUACAAGACGAGAGAAAGAAGCUAUUACAGAUGAUGAAGAAGGUUUGCUGUGGUCAAAAGGCUUGCUGGGAGACAAAACUGCUCAAAGUUUGGUUUACACAAUUUAUUUCUAUAUCGGAAAAAUAUUCGGAUUAAGAGCAUGUGGUAUUGUGAACACAGACAGUUAAGAUUAAGCAACCUUGUCAUAGAAAACAACAAAAUUUGUUAUCGAGAAAAUAUUUCGAAAACGUUUCAUGGAGGAUUGAAAGAUUUAAAGAAGAAACCUAGAAUUGUGACUCAUUAUUGUCACGAGGAUGAGGAAAGUGUGCAUGAACCAUGUCUGGUUCAAAUGUUUAAGCAGUACAUUCCCUUGGUCAGCGAGUUACCGAAAAUUAAUGAAUCAUUCUAUUUUCGACCGAGCAAAACAGCGUAUAAAUUCGAAAAUGCACCAAUUGGUAUUCAUAAGCUUAAUUCUAUCGUGCCUUUCAGUGGCGGAAAGAAGCUGGUCUUGAGAUUAAGACAGCACACUGCCUUCGUGUCACAACAGCAACAAAUUUGUUUCGUGCUGGCCAUCAAGAAAAAUUAAUACGUGAACGAACUGGGCAUGUUUCUUCUGCCUUAUUUACGUAUGAGAAACCUAGUAAUGAUCAAGCAAUGGCUGUAUCCAAGUGUGUUGGGCCAUCUGUAUCAAAGGUUGUGUCGCUUGUUGACAACUGUUUUAAGCCACCCUCGAAGCCUGAGGAAGACGAAAAGUUUCAAAUUUCCGACGAGGAACUUGAUACGUUUUUGAGUGAAGUGGACUGGUAUAAAAUUGAUAAAGAGGUGCAGCGACGUACUAUCGCAGAAAAGUUUGUUUUGUCGAACAGUACAUUCACUAACUGUUCCUUUAACAUUUCGUUUGCCGGAAAUAAGUAA